AGUAGUGGUGGCAACACGAGCUACAGUGGCGACGCCAACCUCGGUCGCGAUAACAGCACGCAGCGGUGUGCUCCGUACGGGCCGGUGCUGAUACGCGGUGCGAGAGAGCGAAAUCUCGCCGAGAGUGGGUGGCGCGCGUUACAUCGCUCUCGUGAAAAAUCAUACGCGUCGGUACCAGCGGAAAACGCGUUGCCAAAAAUCGUACGUGAAAAAGAAUCAAAGUUUGACAAUCGACAGUGACACGGGGCGCGAGAGAAUAAACGAAACGCGUGUCAAACAAUCGCACCGCGAGUGAUGUUACAAACACGCGACAGUGAUGAACGCGUGUUCUUGAUAAUCGUCGAUCAUCGAUCAGUUUCCACGGUGUUGUAACAGUGAUUUUCAAAGUGUUCUAUUAUCGAUACGCGUAGCUAUUCAAUUGAUCUUCGAACGGUGUUUAUUCGUCGCGUUCGACGUGUUGUUGGUUCGUUUUCGAAAGAAAAUGCGGGAAAAGUGCUCGAAGGACACGCUGGACGAGGAUACGGAAAAUUGAUCUCGACGUAAGAGGAAGUCGGUUAUUUCGGAGGGAUAAAAACAAGGAUAGCUUGUGUAAGUGGAUGAUGAUGAUGAUGAUGCUUGAUAAUCGGUUGCUAUGAUCGAGCCGCGGAGAGUUCACGUGGAACGAUCAUGAUUUACCUUCGGCUGCACGUCGGGAGGAGACUACGGUGCAACACGAAUGCAAGACACUGGAACGUGUUCAUCGUGCCACUCUUCCCACUCUGGAUUAUCGGCGCUUUCUGCGUGAAAGACAUACCGAUAUCGCACAUUGUAGCACUGGUCGGCGAUCCCACGUAUCUUCCUUGCGACAUAUCAACCACCCACGAAGGAGAUUCGGUGCAUCUUGUGCUCUGGUAUCGGGAGGAUCUUGGUACAUCGGUUUACAGCGUCGAUGCGAGAGACCGAGAUUUCGGUAUCGCAGAACGAUGGUCGGACGACUCGGUGUUCUCGAACCGAGCUUACUUCAUGCCGGACAAGCAACCGGCGGAACUCGGGGUGGACCACAUCAGGGAAGAGGAUGCUGGUAUCUACAGAUGUCGCGUCGAUUUUCAGAUCGGUCAAACACGAAAUUCCAAGGUCAAUUUAACGGUCAUAGUUCCACCGCGCAAAAUCGUGAUCGUCGAUGACUCGGAGAUCGCACGGAACUCUAUGGUGGGCCCGUACAUGGAGGGUGACACUCUGCGGCUCUACUGCGACGUGUAUGGUGGUAAACCAGCACCCACAGUGUCCUGGCAUCGCGACGACAAGCUUGUCACCAACAAAACCAUAACAGUGAGGAACGGUGUGACGCGCAGCGAGCUCGUUAUAAAAAAUUUAGGACGGGACGAUGUCCGUUCGGUGUUGACCUGCAACGCGACGAAUAACAAUAGGUCGAUUCCGCUCUCCUCGUCCGUUCAGGUGGACAUGAAUUUCAGCCCUUUGGAUGUGAAGAUAAUCGGAUCGAACCAGCCGUUGUCCGCUGGCAAGAGGUACGAGCUGGUGUGCACCACUUCCGGCUCCAGGCCACCAGCCACGGUUACAUGGUGGAGAAACGAGCAGCGUUUAGUCGAGUCCAAGGAGAGCACGUCGAGCGAUGGGAACACGACCACCAGCAUCUUAUCUUUCAUGGCGACCAAAGCAGAUGCUGGCAAACACUUGUCGUGUCGAGCUGAAAAUCCAAUCAUGGGAACCGAGCCGAUCGAGGACGGCUGGAUGCUCGAAAUUCAGUACACGCCGGAAACGCGGAUACAACUGGGCACAUCGUUGAACCCCAACGCGAUCCGGGAGGGCACCGAUGUCUACUUCGAUUGCCUGAUUCAUGCCGAACCUCCGGUUUACAAAGUGGAAUGGCGACACUUGGGUAAAACUCUCCACCACAACGUCACACAGGGUAUCAUAAUCAGCAACCAGAGCCUGGUAUUGCAAGGUGUCGACCGGAAGAGCGCAGGAAAUUACACCUGUGUCGGAUACAACACAGAAGGGGACGGAGAAAGUUCUCCGUUUUAUUUGAACGUAAUGUUCGCGCCCACGUGCAAACCGAAUCAGACGAAGGUGCACGGGGUGGCUAAACAAGAAAAGGCAAACAUAUCCUGCCAAGUGGACGCGAAUCCAGCCGAGGUUCAAUUCCGUUGGACCUUCAACAAUUCCGCCGAGAGUAUCGACGUGGCUGCCGGUCAUAUCGCCAGGGCCGGCACAUCCUCGAUCGUUUCGUACACACCCAUGACGGAAUUGGAUUACGGCACGUUGCUCUGCUGGGCCACCAAUCCAAUUGGACAUCAACAAGUGCCCUGCGUCUAUCACAUCAUACCGGCCGGUCGGCCGGAUAUGGUUCACAAUUGCACCACCUCGAACACGUCGACGAAUUCGUUUUCUGUCCGAUGCGCCGAGGGUUUCAACGGUGGUUUGCCCCAAUCAUUUCUCCUGGAAGUAAGGGAGAGCAACAGCCAGGAAUUGCGUGCCAACCUGACAUCGCCGGUGCCACGGUUCAGCGUCACCCAUCUGGACUCCGGAGCCCUUUAUCAGGCGUGCAUUUACGCGUACAAUGAUAAAGGGCGCAGCGAGGCGAUGGUGGUGCAGGCUGGCACAUUGAGGCUACCAGAAAAACAAUUAACGUCCGAGUCAGAGAGACCCAGGCAGAACAUUAGAUUAAUGCCGAUGUUGAGCGUGAUGAUCGGUGUGGCGACGGCGUUGAUCAUCGUCGGGGUGAUAGUGAUGGUGGUGCUUAGGAUUCAGCACACGCAGGUCGACGAGCAGAGCAAGUCUCAGAUGGAGGAUCACGGCAAACAAACGAAGACAAUUCCAAUCCAACGGGAGCUGAGGUUCCGCGAGGGAAGCAGUCUGCUCACGGAUGAGAAACAUCCUAGCAGCCCCUUCAGGAAACUCGAGAGCAGCGGUGAGAUAAGCGAAAACGACGAGAAGAAUCCUGAUAUUAUACCUCAGCAAAUCACUGGCGACGAGCCAUCCGAGUAUUUGCGAAAGAGACGACUAGUGUCGACGAUCGAAACAUCGCCAUCGAGAAGUUUACUGGAGCACUCGACGGUUACUUCCGGUCACGGAAGUUACGUAGGCUAUUGCACCAUUCGCAACGGUAUGCCGUUGCACGAGUUCUCGAAUCUGGCGACGAAACACAAAAGCUUCCAGCCAAUAGUGGGCGACGACUAUCAGAGCGGUGUCUGCACUCUACCAAGGCAACACUGGCCAAGCCAAAGCGUUCAAUCAAUGUCGAUGACGAUGAGCCCACCGAUGCUAUAUACCAGCUUGGGAGUCGUCAGUAGAACCUGUCCAAGUGGUACAUUAUUGACAAAGGACGUGGAAGCAAGGAUCCCCGGACAGUGUUGCAUCCAAUCGCAAAAGGACGGCAAAAUGAGCACCCCGAUCGUCAUGGCCAAGAGAGAGAGCUCGGUGUGACAUUUUUCUCUUACACAGACCAGUGAUCUAUGAAGUAUGCGUAUCGAUGCAUUCAUCGAUGAUGAUAUUUCUCCUCGGAUACGCAAUCGACGACCGAAACAUCGCUGGAAUGUAUGGAUAGAUAAUAAAGAAUGUUUUUGCAA